AUGUACGUGGCAUUCAUGCAACAAUAUUUGAACCUGCGACACAUGAGGCCUGCUCCGUCGUCAACUGAAUCGCAUCCAGGGGCUUGCUACCUGCCUCAUCACGGGGUAUUGCGUCCGGACAGCUCAUCAACCAAACUGAGGGUCGUCUUCAACGGCUCGAGCUCCUUGCCAAACGGAGACUCUCUCAAUAAAUAUCUCACAACUGGUCCGAAUCUGCUGCCUUCGCUAGCCGACAUCCUGCUGCGCUGGCGACGUCAUUGCUACGUCUUCGCGACUGACAUCGAAAAGAUGUAUAGACAGAUACUGGUGCACCUCGACGACCAAAACCUGCAAAGGAUAUUGUGGAGAGAGAACGCCAACGACGAAAUCAAGGAGUACUGGCUAGGUGCCGUUACUUACGGUCUAUCCUGUGCUCCUUAUCUGGCGAUCCGCACUUUACGCCAACUGGCCGAAGACGAAGGACAUCGCUACCCGAAAGGAGCCCUCAUCCUGCUGAGCGACGUCUACAUGGACGACAUCCUGGCCGGUGCAGAGACCAUGGAGGAAGCCGAAGUAAUGCUGCAACAGCUGAUUGAUAUCUGGAAGGCGGGCGGCUUCUCACUUAAAAAGUGGUCGGCAAACCACUCGCUACUGCUGAACGAAGUGGAGCCCGACGACCGUCUUCGACGAGAGGCCAGAUGGUGGCUGCCCGGCGAGAGUCACUCCACUCUCGGUUUACGCUGGCAACCACGUGACGAUCGCUUCGCUUUCGCAACCAAACUGACCACGCUAUCGACCUUCACCAAAAGGUCGGUACUAUCUUUGACGGCGAAAAUGUUCGACCCUCUCGGCUGGCUGGCCCCAACAACGGUAUUAGCCAAGAUCUUCAUCCAGUCCACCUGGUUGCUAGGUCUUGAUUGGGACGCUCCGCUACCCAGCGACGAAGAGAGAAGAUGGCUGCGAUUCCAGAACGAGCUGCCUGCUUUGGAAAACUUGCUCGUACCUCGAUGGCUGGGAGGUUUGACUGACUCACAGCUGGAAAUCCACGGGUUCGCCGAUGCCUCAAAGCGUGCCUACUCAGCGGUGCUAUACCUGAGGACAGAAACAAAGGGUCUUAUUAAGGUGGCACUCUUAGCUGCAAAAACUAAGGUCGCGCCCUUGAAGCAAGUAUCAUUACCUCGGUUGGAGCUGUCGGCCGCCACCCUUCUGGCUCGUCUAGUCGCCCACACCGUACCGAUCAUCGGAGCAACCAAGGCACUUCUUCACAUGUGGUCUGAUUCCACCGUCACGCUUGGUUGGAUGCGUGGGCAUCCCUCGAUGUGGGCCACCUAUGUAGCCAACCGGGUCAGCGAAAUACAGACACUGAUCCCGGACGCCCACUGGCAUCACGUACCAGGUCGGGAGAACCCAGCGGACUGUGCUUCCCGGGGACUCUACCCUAGCGAACUGGUUGACCACCCGCUCUGGUGGCAAGGUCCCGCAUGGCUUACAGAGGAGAGCAAUCCUUGGACGACAAGCAGCGAGGAGAUGUCAGCUGAGGACCUCCCAGAGAGACGAGUCCGGACCCACGUCGCCGCCGUUACCGAGCUGAAGCCCGAGCCGGAAUUGCUGCUGCGCUAUUCCUCGCUGAAACGACUGCUGCGGAUCAUGGCUUGGUGCCGUCGCUGGUUGCUGAUUCACCGUCAGCUCCGCCACGCGCAAAGCCAGCCUGGCGUGAUCAGCUCCGACGAACUGACGGAAGCCCGCCUCUCCUGGGUGAGGUUGAUUCAGGCUAGAAUAUUUACAGAAGAAAUCAGAAGGCUGCAAAAUGGAACGCCUCUGCCGUCGCGAAGCUCCCUGCAGAAACUGACUCCAUUCAUGGACAGCGAGGAACUUCUACGAGUCGGCGGGCGCCUCAAACACGUUAACCUGCCGUACGAUGCCACUCACCCGCCAAUACUGCUCAGCGAGUCGACAUUCACUCUCCUCGUCGUAGAUGACCAUCACCAGCGGACGUUACACGGUGGUACUCAGAUGACCUUGUGCUCCCUACGCCGGGAGUAUUGGGUCCCUCGAGGUCGGUCGUUGGUGAAAAGACACAUCAGCCGAUGUGUAAGGUGCACUAGAUGGCGAGCCGCCAUCCCCCAGCCUCUCAUGGGCGAUCUCCCGGUGCCGAGGGUCACACCAAGCAGGCCGUUUCUGCACACCGGCGUCGACUACGCCGGUCCGGUUUGGCUGAGGACCUCGAAGGGCCGCGGACACAAAGCAACUAAAGGGUUCAUUGUAGUUUUUGUGUGUUUAGCCUCUCGAGCCGUUUACCUCGACGUAGUCUCGGACUACUCCGCCGACGCCUUCAUCGCAGCCUUGCGCCGGUUCAUCUCAAGGCGAGGGGUCUGCAUCACCUUAUACAGUGACUGCGGUACCAACUUCGUGGGUGCUGACAGGCAGCUAAGCGCUCUCUUCUCCGCCGCCAGUGCCGACGGACGCCGCAUCGCCGCAUUCGCCGCACAGGAGAAGAUCCAGUGGCAUUUUAAUCCACCGGCGGCACCGAACUUCGGCGGCUUGUGGGAAGCCGCGGUUAAAUCCAUGAAGUACCAUCUGCGACGAGUCAUAGGUGAUGCAACCCUCACCUAUGAAGAGCUGGCGACGCUACUCUCGCAGAUCGAGGCUUGCUUCAAUUCUCGACCGCUGCAGCCCUUGUCCGACGAUCCUGAGGACGUCGCAGCUCUCACACCGGGGCACUUCUUGAUCGGUACUGCUCUCUCCUCAGUACCGGAACCGUCGCUCGAACGAGAGCCGUCGGCCCGACUAUCACGCUGGCAGCUCCUGCAACAGAUGAGGGACCAUUUCUGGUCCCGGUGGUCCAGCGAAUACUUACACACGCUGGCCCAUCGGCCAAAAUCGUCCCGAGUCAACCAGGAGGCUCACGUCGGUCGUCUGUGUUUACUCCGCAGCGAAACCACCCCACCAACGCGGUGGCCGCUCGCGCGCAUCACUUGUCUGCAUCCCGGAUCCGACGGCCACGUGCGCGUAGUCGAUAUACGUACCGCGAGUACGAAUUUAACGCGCCCCGUCAGUAAACUUGUUUUCCUGGGCGGCGACAACGAAACUUUACGAUAA